GUCAAUUUCUGGACGCAAGUAGAAGUCUGCUUCUCGUCCGCUCCGGUGUUCUUCACUUUUAGUAGGUUUUAAACCACUAAAUAUGCUACCAAAGCAUCUCCUCUCCUUUUACAGAAUCAUAAAAGCACUUAAGUUCCUCGCGAUUUGCAGGCGAUGGAGAUGGGGGGGGGGGAAAUGAUGGGACAGCCUGAAGCACCAGCCCUUGCUUGGCUCGCACCCAGCGCGCCCGCGUCCUGGGGACCCGCGCCCGCCGGGCACCUGCUGCUGCGCCUCGCCGCGAGGCUGGGGACCCAUUGGACCCAGCCGGCUGUGCAGCCAGGGUCAGACUCACAGGAAGCGCCCCCCGCCCGGGGCGCCUGGGCCCACCGUGCACCCGCAGGGGAGAGCGAGCGCAGGCGCCAGAACGGGCGGGCGCAGGAGGGACGCUCCAGCCCGAGUGCCGGCGGCCUCCCUCGGCGGCCCGGGGGCGGCUUGGCGUGUGCACGCGCGCCCAGGCCCGUGCGCACCCCCACCCGCCUUCCCGGCUCCGGCGCGCGCCCCUCGGAGCGCCCGGCCUACUGCGCGGCCUCAGCGAGCGCGGACACCCCGGCCAUACCCGGCUAGACCACCCGGCUGGGCUCUGCCCAAGGACCGCGACGUUCGCAGGAACAAGUAAAGCAUAGAGCAGUGAUGUGGAAACACCUGAUAUCCCAGCAGAGGAAGCGGCGGAGGACGCCCCUGACAGAUGAUUGAGCAGGGUAACGGCUCCUGCUACACCCAUGGCAAGUGGAUGACCGGCUGCCCUCGGGCGCACGUGUGGAGGACACAGAGCAGGAGCUUCUGAGGCCGGACACAGGACACAUGCCCUCCAGCUGACCUUCCAAUUUAACCACACAGAGGAAAGCCCAGUGGGGUGGCUUUUUACAGAAAAUGGACUUGAAGUCCAGGCUUUGAAGUUUGGGCCACAGCUGGUCUGGGGCUGGCUGGCUGGAGGGGUGAACACUCACAGGAGCCAGAGCAUCCCUCACCUCGGUGCCGCAGGGAAGAGCUGCAGUGAAACGGCGAUGUUGACUGCAGCCGUCUGCGCUGGCAUGGAAACCCCAGCAAAUAGUCGAUCUUAAAGUUACUGCGGUUCAAAAGUUCAGGGAGGGUUGGGCACGCCCCCGCGCAGGAGAGGAGAGUGGGCAGGGUGAGGAGGGGGCGGCGUGUGGACACUUAAGUGAAAUCCGAUCUCGUGCCAAGAAAGCGUGUGCAGCUAGAAACCCCGGGUCACUACCGACCUUGAGCGGACUCGAGCGGCCCAGCCAUGGAGAACUCGGUGGCCCCUUGCGUCCUUUUCCCCGGGACGCGAGGGCAUGGCGGGGCCGGAGAAGGCGCUCCGGGGAGUCCGGGAGAGGGCAGCCUGCAGCUGCAGGACGCGGCCUGGGGGGCGGGCGCUGCGUCCCCGGCGGCGCAGACACCCUGCAGCCUCAGCGCGUCUCUGUGCUUCAGCUCCGGGGACGAUUCCCCGCUGCAGUCUCGCGCCUCCGCGGAGGACAGCGCAGCGACCUCCCCGCCCCCGUGUCGCGGCGGCCGGCGCGUGGUGAACCCGCAGUGGGAGGAUAGCAGCGCGGGCUCCCGGUCCCCGGAAGAGCCUGUGUCCCCAGAGGAGCCCGCGUGCCCGGAAGAGACCGCAUCCCCGGAGGAGGGCGCGUACCCUGAGGAGCUUGCGUCUCCCAGAGAACCCUCCCCGGAGGAGCCCGGAGAGCCCGCGCCCGUGCCGCCCGGGGCCGCUGCCGCCUACGGAGAGCCGGACCUGGUCCUCGAGGUGUCGGGUCGCCGGCUCCGCGCGCACAAGGCGGUGCUGGCGGCGCGCAGCGACUUCUUCCGCGCGCGCGCGUCGCGGGACGUGCUGCGAGUGCAGGGGGUGAGCCUGGCGGCGCUGCGGCUGCUGCUAGCCGACGCGUACAGCGGGCGCAUGGCGGGCGUGCGGCCCGACAACGUGGCCGAGGUGGUGGCCGGCGCGCGCCGCUUGCAGCUGCCCGGCGCCGCGCAGCGCGCCACCGACGCCGUGGGGCCGCAGCUGAGUCUGGCCAACUGCUACGAGGUUCUGAGCGCGGCCAAGCGGCAGCGGCUGUCUGAGCUGCGCGACGCCGCCUACCGCUUCAUGAGCGACCACUAUCUGGAGGUGCUGCGCGAGCCCAGCGUGUUCGGGCGUCUGUCCGGCGCGGAACGCGACCUGCUGCUGCGCCGCCGCCUGCGCGCCGGCCGCGCCCACCUGCUUGUCGCGGCGCUUGGGCCGCCCGGGGAGCGCGCGGGCAGCCGGCCGCAGAGCCCCUCGGGGGACGCGGACGCGCGCGGCGACGCGGCCAUCUAUUGCUACCACCCAGCGGCAGGAGAAUGGCGAGAGCUGACGCGGCUGCCGGAGGGCGCGCCGGCGCGGGGAUGCGGCCUGUGCGUGUUCUACAACUACCUUUUCGUGGCCGGCGGCGUGGGGCCUCCAGGCCCGGAUGGCCUUGCGCGCCCGUCCGACCAGGUCUUCUGCUACAACCCGGCCACCGACCGCUGGAGCACCGUGCGGCCGCUGCGCCAGGCGCGCUCGCAGCUGCAGCUGCUGGCCCUGGACGGACACCUGUAUGCUAUAGGCGGCGAGUGCUUGCUCAGCGUGGAGCGCUACGACCCGCGCGCCGACCGCUGGGCCGCCGUGGCGCCGCUACCGCGGGGCGCUUUCGCCGUGGCCCACGAGGCUACCACCUGCAACGGUGAGAUCUACGUGUCCGGGGGCUCGCUGUUCUAUCGCCUGCUCAAGUACGACCCCCGGCGCGACGAGUGGCAGGAAUGCCCGUGCAGCAGCAGCCGCGAGCGAUCGGCCGACAUGGUGGCUCUCGACGGCUUCAUCUACCGCUUCGACCUCUGCGGAGGCCGCGGCGAAGCGCAGGCGGCGACCGGGCCUGGCUCCGGUAUGCGCGUCUCGCGCUACCACUGCUUGGCCAAGCAGUGGAGCCAGUGCCCCCUGUUGCUGAGGCCGCCCGGCGCCCCCGCGGGCCUGCAGCCCUUCCGCUGCGCCGCCCUGGACGGCACCAUCUACUGCGUGAGCCGCGCGGGCACCUGGCGCUUUGUGCCCUCUGGCGACAGAGAGUCGGGUGGCGAUGCGGCCCUGGGUGGCAGCUUCGAGCCCGAGGCGCCCGGGGUCACGGUGGACGCCCGAGCUGCGCUCUUCCCGUUCGUGCUCAACCUGCCUGAGAAACCGGACAGAGUGGAGCAGGGCGCCGCGUAGGCCAGGCCGAGGCCAGCUGGGCAUCUCCCUCGGGCAGCUCUGGGGCCCAAGGAGCCGCCCCGUGGGCUGAGGUCCCAAUGGGAAGGGGAGGGCGACGGGUGCAAAGGAGAAGAGAGAGAGGCAUGGGGUGGGCUGCUGGCCAUGCUGGGUCGCUUAAAAUCUUUGGAGGUAGCCCGGAAGACACUUUGGCCAUGCUGCUGCCAGGGCCACCUCCCUAUUCUGAGUUCCUUUUUGCUUCAUUUUGCUUGAUGGGGUCGGUGAUGUAAGAUAGCGUGUGAGCAGAUAACCUUUGAGGUAAGGCUAGGGAUACCUGAGGGAGGGGAAUGCUAUCCGAAGAGGAGGCCACACGGCCCAGCGGGCAGUCCUGGUUGUUCCUGGGGGGCAGUCCGUACCUGGGGUGCUGCUGAACUUGGGCUCCUGAGAGGAGACGGAGGAGGCCAGACUUAGAAAGCCACGCGGGUCCCCCAGGCCACAGCUCCAGACUUGGGACCCAAAAGUAGGCCAAUGCGAAGGGACACUGCGGGAGGAGCACACUUAUUAUUAUUAUUAUUUUUUGGCCUAAAGUUUAACAUUGUAACUGAUAAUUAAGGCUCUUUCUAAUUUAGUUUAGAAGUUCAUGCUACUAUGUUCUCGGUUUGGUUGCUUAACUCCAAAAAGAGUAAUUUAAUAAACAUCAAAGGUGAAGUCUUGGGUCACCACUGAGAGUGCCCGUUCAGUAGCCCUGGAGCAUUUUCUCUGGGCACCCUGACACCGGGGACUGGGCCAAACGCUGAGCUCGAGAGCAGGGCUGCCUCCCUUUGGAGAGGGAUUUAAUAUUUUCAGGUUGAGAUAUGUUAAAAACUCAAAGUUAUUAACAUAUCUCAACCUAUGAUGACUUAUCAUUAUUGAAUUCUAAGUCUUUUGGGGACCCAAUGUUGCCAAAUAACAUAUCGGAACUUGGAAAACCUUAUCAUCAAGGGCGCUUGUCCACCUUAAAAGGAAUCUUUGCCCAUUUUCAUGUUUUAGAAUGAGAAGUCAGGAAAUAUUCUUAAAACAGAAGGUUAGAAUCUUUUAUUUUUGGCAAUUCUAAAAACAAGUUCAGGCACAUUUUGAACUUACUAUUUUUGAUGUUACAUAAUAUUUAAAACACCAUAAAUAGUAAGUUCAUAAUAGUAAUUUUUAUAACCAUCCUUCUAAGCAAAUGUGGUACAGUGACAAUGACCAUUUUAAAAGAAUAUAACAAGGAAAUGAUGUGCAUUUUUAAUAGUUUGGAAAAUAAACUACAUUUAUUUAAUUGUGAAUUCCAUCAUACCCCAAUAGAAUUAAUGUGAGACUCACUACUUGGAUGGGGCAUAAGGAUUAAAAACAAAUCAAUCUUUUCUCAUUUAAUAGAAUAGGUUACUUUUCAAAUAUGUAUAAACAUGGUAUACUAUUUAUCAAGAGUUAAAGGAUGAAAUAUGUGCUCACAAAGAGGAGUAAUCUGAUUUGGAUUCUGAAUCGAAUCCAUUUUCUUAUAAUAGGAAAAAUGCAAGUUGAAAGUUACUGGAACCUAAUUAGCUGAAAUCGUGCAUGCCUUAAUAUCUUCUUGUUAAUCCAGUGAUGAGAAUUGCCCUCCCUGUAGAAACAAGUGGGAAAUUGAAAGUUAGGUUAUGCUUUUUAAAGAGUCUGUGGUAGUAAAUGGUCUCGGUUAAGUGUAUUUAGACAUGAUCAGCUUGAACCUCCUGCGUGAGUCACAGGGAUGGAAUCUGUGGUUUCAGUUAGAGUAUAUUCUGGUGACUUGAGUGCUUAUUCACAAUUGAUCAUGAGCUGAAUGGAUAUCUUGGCAACCUGGUGAAUCGUUUCAGGAAAGAAAAACAGACUUCAUAUUGCCUGACCUUGUUGGUCUUUUAUAGGAGUGUACUGGAGAAAUGGUAGUAGAAUAAGUGUUUCUAGCAAAGGUAAACAAAUAAUGUUAAGAAAUGUACUUUCAUAUUACAGUACAUUUUCUCUAGACUUUUAAUAUUAAUGCUAAAGCUUUUAUAUGAAAUGGGACCAGGCUAAUGUUUCCAUCCCAGGCUAAUAUGUGUUUUCAUCCCUUGAACAUCCAACUCAUAAAAUAUGAUCACUGUGAUUUUACUUGCAAAAUCAUUCCUGUGAUGUUUUCUGUUUAAAAAGGCAAUGCUGAGAUGAGAAUUGCCGUCUUCAGAUGAGGAGUGGUAGAUGUGAGAGGUGACAGCCACGUCAUGUGCCUCAUUGGAGCUCCUGCGUGUUAUUCUGACAGCCGCAAUUAGUGAAGAAAUACCCCUGCUCGAUGUAGCAUCAUUUACUGGGGGACCUGACAGCAAAGUGCCAAGUCCAUCCCAUCAUCUUGUCACAGUGAAAUAUAAGAGAACCUGGUGGUCAGCACCUGUGGCUCAAGGGGGUAGGGCACCGGCCCCAUGUGCCGGAGGUGGUAGGUUCAAACCCAGCCCCAGCCAGAAACUGGGGUGGGGUGGGGUGGAAAUAUAUAUCUAUAUAUAAACCUGAAGAAUAAGGAAAAGGAAUUAAUACCCCCCUGUUAGUGGAUAUUGUCUAGCUGACCCAUUCUGAAAAUGCGUGAAGUAUUGUAUAUCAUCUUCCUGGAUAGUGAUAUCACAUGACAGCAGAUCCUGGAGGACCUGACAUGCCCUGAGCACCAGUUUUUGCUUUGGGAGGCCAGUACCUGGGGGUAGAGCCGCAGGAGCCAUGCCCUCCACGGUCUUUGUUUUGAGGACGGCUGGGGGUCACCAGUCCUUGCUGAGACUUGCCUCUAGAAGUCUGAUGCUACAAUGUAGAAUCUUCCCAUUGUCAACUCAGUGUUCUAAGUCGUCACCCAACACUGCUUAGGAAAAUAGUUGGUACAAAAAUAUUCCUGAUCAUGAAUCAGUUAAGAAUCACAUGAGGCUAAUGCCUUUAUGACAGCCGUUCAUAAUUCUUGUGAAAUUAACCCUUGCACAUUGACAUUUCUGGGUAUCUGAAAGAACAGUGGUGUUUUAUGGGGAAAAUGUGGUGGACAUGAAAGCUUGGUGUUUUGGUAGCUGACCAGCAGUGACUUCUUAAAUUGUCAAUCAAGGUUGGUUUGGAACCCAAAGGAAUGAGCUGAAGACUGCUGCUUCCUGUUCUGUUUUUAUUUGUCUUGGAAACAACCCUUGACUCCAGGAGUUGGCAGCUUUUGGAGUUUGGACUUGGAACUCAGUGAUCUGAUUUCUAUGUCCGUGGUGCCACCUAUUUCUUUCUGCUAAGAAAAUGAAUGCUGUGGAAAUUCUUUGACUAUUUUAGUUAAAACUCUUAACCUGCAAAUACUUAAGAUACCAAUCAUCUGCUCCAUCUCUGUCCAUUUCUGGUGUUGUGCUAGUAAUUCUGGUGGCAGCUGUUGAAUCUGUUGGUCUCUUAGACAACUUCCUGGAAAAGAUUUUGAAAUUGUCUGUUUUUGAGGUUCUUUUUUCUAUUUCUAAACUCAAGAUGGAGUCAAGACAUAAUCCCUUGUAGCAUUUUAGUAGAGCAAAUUUAAACAAGAGCAUUCUUUUGUGUUUUUACUUUAGAUGCUUUCCUAGCUUAUAAAAAGUUAUAUUUUGGGGUUAAAAAUCAAUUUUUGUAUUUCCCUCUUUUCUGUAAUAAUAUUGUUCAUAAGAGAAUAAUGAGCUAAAAAUGGAAACCUGCAAAUGUUCCAGUUGCAUCCAGAUUUAUUUCAGCCGCCGCAUCAGUUACACUUUGUCCACAUCCAGGAAGAAGCUUGGACCUCGAGGUGUCUGAGCUCCCAGCACACAAGCUGGGUCUGGUCGGUGCUUUAAUCUCACAAAGUGAAUUGGUUUGCAUUGAAUUGAAACAAGAAGCUCGAUGUGUUCUAAUGUGAGAUUAAAGCUCCUCCAAAGCUCAUUACAGCUCUAUCUAGUUCUCAGCUGUUGCCAUUAAUUAAAGAUAAACUAUACCUGAUUAAUGCAAAGUUGAGGCCAGCUGUUACUGUAUGUGUAGUUAAUGUACUUGUUAACGCUCAAGUUUUAAAAUCCUGGGCAUAAAUGCUGUAAAACUGUGUGUGAAUGUCAACUUAUGCAGAGAUGAAAUAAAUCCUGUGGAAAUGCCAGUCCUCCUGA